AGAGAAAAGAGCGAGAGAGGUGAACAGUUGGUCAGGCAGCGGCAGGUAGAUGGUUGGAGUUUGCCCCCUCUGCCACGACCCCACUACGCCCUUUUCUGCCUCUGCUCCUCAGUCAACUCUGCGCCGGUGAAGGAUGCUCGUCUCCAACACGACCACCUCGCAAAAAUUGUCCGACUUUUCAGUUUCGGCAUUAUGUCGGACUUCGCCCCAGCCGUCAACGAAUCCAUCGCCUUCGGCGGACGCGGUCGUCACCAACUGGAGGCUAGACGCGCUGCCCGUCCCCGCUUCGAUACCAGUACUGCCGUCCGUACCUCAACCACCAGCGGCUGGAGCUACAGCGGGCUCCGCGAGUACUUUAAGAGAGCUGUACGCCCUGGCGGCGACGCAGCAACCCCUCGCAUCUCUCGUAACCCACCAACAGAGGCUACUCGAGCUUUCGAGGUUCAGACAUUACGACCUUUUAUCCCACCAACAGGGCGCUGUCACCAAACUUUUAGGCACACUGAGGCCUCCAGGAUUAAUCGGCGGGAGUAAACCGAAAGUGGCGACGCCGGCCGUCGUCUCAAAAAUCGAACAGUACAAAAGGGAGAACCCGACGAUAUUCGCAUGGGAGAUCAGAGAACGGCUCAUAUCGGAAGGAGUCUGUACAAACGGGACGGCCCCUUCAGUAAGCAGCAUAAACAGGAUUUUAAGGAACAGAGCUGCAGAGAGAGCGGCAGCGGAGUUCGCCCGUGCUGCGGGUUACGGCCUUUAUCCCGCCGGCUACUCGCCCUGGCCCCUUUGGGGCGUCCCACAGCCCAACGGCUUUCCACACCCGGAACAGAGGAGCCAUCAAGAUGGAGACGGGAGCGGUAAGGACGACGAAAGCCUCGGCAGUGGCGGAGAAGGGUCAGAACAGCCCAAAUUCAGAAGGAACAGGACGACAUUUUCCCCCGACCAAUUGGACGAAUUGGAAAAAGAGUUCGACAAAAGCCAUUACCCUUGCGUUUCGACAAGGGAGAGGCUAGCCGCCAAAACGUGCCUUUCCGAAGCCAGAGUUCAGGUUUGGUUUUCCAACCGGCGAGCAAAGUGGCGGAGGCACCAAAGGAUGAACGCCCUGAAGUCGCAGCAAGGCUCAUCCGGUGCGAGCGGCGAAGAACGCGCGGACUGGCGUUCCAUGGGCGGCGAGCACUCGGCCUUCAAAGCGCCGGCCCAAGACGACCGGCUUUCCGAAAGCUCCGAAGAGAUCAACGUGACCGACGACGAAAACAGCCGGGGCUUAGGAGGACUUCAUUCGCCCAACGAGAGGGACUUGAGAGCCUCGAUCGAAUCCUGGAGGGAGAUGGCCGGACUCCCAGGACUCAGAGCCGCAGAAUCCCAGCAGCCCCUACAGUUAACUAAAUAUCCAAGAGAUCGAGUUCCAUGAAAAUUACAAAUUAUAAACUAAUUCUUUUUAUAAUAACUAACCAUUUUAUUCUUGCAAUAGAAAAUUACGAAUGAUCUCUUCAUAUAUUACAUUUCAAUUAUAAUGGGCCUUUUUUUAAAUAAAUUAUAAUCAUAAUUAUUAUUAUCAAGUAUCAAAUCAUAACCUCUCAUGCAAUCUCAGAAAUUAUUUAUCAAUAAAAACGACGUAAAGUUAAAUAAUUUAAUUACACUAAAACGUGUGAUGGUUCUGGAUCUGAAAAUUUAAAAAAAUGCCCGUUAUAACAUGUUCAGCCCAUACCAAUUUUAUAUAUAGCUUUAAAACGAAUUGUUAAACACCGUUGUCGUUUCCUAACUGCUGUCGCGUUAUAGAACAAAUUGAUAUUUAGUUUUUCAUUUUGUAAAUUGUUGUACAUUAUUUUUUCAUUAUCGUAAUAAUUGUUAUGUGAUAUUGCAUAUAAAUAUAUAUAUUUAUUAUAAAGCCUCUUGAUUUCUAUUGUCCGAGCCGUUUUGUUAAUGAUUCGAGAGAACAUCAGGACCAAUACAAAAAACAAAAAAACCUGUAAAUACUAGUGUGGUGCUUAGGACGGCUAGAACUUACAAGAUUGAAAGAUAUUAAAUUGUGUUUUUAUUUUGUAUCUAGUUGAUUACAAAGUCACGCCUGUAAAGCAAGUGAUUAUUCAAGCAAGUAGCCUAUUCGAAUUUUCCCUCUUUAAAUUUGGUGUUCGACACUAAUUGUUGUUUAAUUGCAGCCUAUUGUUUAUAUUUUCUGUAAUUAUAGGUAAUGUGCAAAUGGUAAUUUAUUUUUUAUUGUUGCAAAUAAAAAGUGAAUGGUAAUUUA